UUCGCCUUCCUCCUUUCUUAAGUAUUAACCAGUUUAUUUUCCUCUUCCUAUUUCUUUCCUUGAAUCACUUUUUUAUUUGCCCUUCCUUCCAUCUGUCCUCCAAUUUUUUCCUUCCCUUCCUUUUUUAUUCUUCCUAUGCCUCCAGUCCACUUUUCCUUUCUUCCACUUUCCUUCUACAUGAGUCCCUAAAAUUGGACAGAAGCUGUUUUUUGUCCUCUCCUCUCCUUUAUCUUGUAGUACUUGUACUUUACAUACAAGAGUACAUGUCACCGGUUGUUAGCUGUAACUGGAGUUGGCUUUUUUUGGACCGUCUCAUUCACUUUUCCCAGUUAAUUGACUGCUGAUGAGUGUGAGUCAGAGCAGUAUUGAGGCUCGGCCGCUCCCAGAUGUGGACUGGGCGUCUGUGCGGUGAGUUAACCACAGUGAAAUCCGAGCCCGCUCCGGCCUGGCCGACUGUAUUUUGGGAUGUUUUAGGUACAUGGGGCAGGACAAAGACACGUUACCAGGCGGGAGCCCAGCCUGAGCAGAUGUUUCUGCUCUGGGAAUAGGAGAAGAAGAAGAAGAAGGAGAAGAGGAAGAAGAAGAAGCUACAUUGUUUCUGCAGAAGAAGGACGACUCAAAGACGAUAUGGCUGAAGAUGUCCGUGGAUUCUGAAAACUCCUGUGUUUUGCUGUCAUCGCAAGACUCCAGGACUUCCUGCAUCUUCCAGACCGCAGACGAGAAAGAUGACAUCCCAGGAGUGGGAGAGGAGAGUGUCCUGGAGAUGCUGAGCUACUCCAAGUUCUCCGACCUGGAGACAUGGCUGUGUAUGCCGUCCUCGCUGCUGCUGCCCCGGGCCCUGGACUCCACCCACACGUCCUCCUCCACCUCCUCUUCCUCACAUGCAUCCAACCACUCCUCCCCGCCGAUCUCCUCAUCCUCCUCCCCAGCCUCCGUCUCGCGUCGCUCCACCUGCAGCGACCCAGGAGAGACCGACACGCCACUGAGGUCGUCAGAGAGGGAAUCGACCUUCCUCACACCUGCACUGGGGAAAGAGAUGCCGUUUCUGGCUCCGUCCCUCCUCCCCAUCCUCUCCUCCACCCCUGCUGCCGCAGCGCUGAGCUCGGGGACGUCAGCGGGAGACUCUACCUCCCAGAGCGGGGUCAGCAUCAGGAAACGGCGGCGGCUCGCUGCCAGCCCUGGAGGACUCCACUGGAACUCUGCAGGUUUGGUGCUGCGUGACUUCUGGUCACCUGAUCUGUCUCCGGUGUCGGUGGGGAACACGACAGGAGGUGGGGGUGCGAGGAGCCUCCCCCUGGCUGACGGAGGCAGGGCGGCGUGGACCAGCGACCGGGCGGCCUUGAGGAAAACUGUUUCGGUUGACGACCGACUGCUGCAGCCAUCGGAUGGAGAACAGCCACACCUGAGACUGCUGAGUCGACUGGAGAGAGGCAGGAAGAAGCUCCGCAACAUCCGCAGCCUGGGAACCACGAGCAGAUACGACAGCAGGAAAAAGUCAGACAGUAAGAUCUCUCGGUUGGCCCAGAGGUGGAACCAGAGGCAGGCAGGAGAUGCUCUGAUCAAAGAUCUGAAGCCCCUGUUUAACACGGGAAUCCCCCGAUCUUCACUCAGUCUGGACAGCAGACGCCUCCCGGGUGUUAUGAGCCAGCAGAUGCAGAACUUGCAGUUGUCCCAGACCAGGAAGUGCCCCGGCGGGCCGGCCUCCCCCAGCGCCGCCAAGCGCCUUUACAGGAACCUCUCGGAGAAGCUACGAGGAAGCACUUCAUCCUUCGAAGAUGCCUACUUCUUUGGCAAGACGGACCGCCUGCGCAAAGCUUCGACCAUGCAGGGCAGCGACUGUAUCUUCGAGGCAGUGGAGCAGCAGGACCUGGACACAGUGCAGAUUCUCCUCUACCAGUUCUCAGCAGAGGAGCUGGACCUGAACACCCCCAACAGUCAGGGCCUGACGCCGCUGGACAUCGCCAUCAUGACCAACAACACGCCCAUCGCCAAACUGCUGCUAAAGGCCGGCGGCAAGGAGAGCCCACACUUCGUGAGUGUGGAGAGUCGGGAGGCCCACCUGAGCUCUCUGGUGGUGGAGGCUGAGCAGCGGGCGGCGGACCUGGCGGCUCAGGCGCAGAGAGACGGUCUCUCUCUGGAGGCCUGCCACAAGGACAAACAGCUGAGAGCCUGGGAGUGGAGGAGCAAGCUGUACAAACGCAUGAGGACGGGCUUCCAGCAUGCACGUGCCCCGGAAGCCCCCUCUAUGGUUCGUCUGAGCGUGAGCAGUAGCACCACACUGACCGUCACCUUCCAGGAGCCGCAGUGUCUCAACUCCACCGUGGUGACCAAAUACAGAGUGGAGUGGAGCUGCCUGAAGGAUUUCUCGCUGCUUGCUGGAGAGAUCGUGUUGGAUAAUCUGCAGACUCUCAAGUGCAUCAUCAGCAGCCUCACCACGGGUCGGCUCUACUACGUUCGAGUGUCGGCUUAUAACAUGAAGGGCUGGGGUCCACCUGCCUCCUCCCUCCCUCCAUCUGCUGCUCCAUCCAAUUGGAGGGAGAGCGACGGUCGGGAGCCCAGGAGGCGAGGCCACAUCGAGGCCAUGGAGCGUCUGCUGCAGCAGGUCCGAGCAACUCACACACACUACUGCUGUGGAGAUGCGUCAAAGCUCCAGAACCCGAGCAGGAAGCAGUCUGUGUCCAGAAGUCUGAAGCAUCUCUUCAACUCCUCCAACAAGUUUGUGAAAACACUGAAAAGGGGGGUCUACCUGGCAGCCGUGUUCUACCAUAAGGACAGUUUACUGGUGACAGCGGAGGACCAGAUCCCCAUCGUGGAGGUGGACGAUUCCUACAGCAGCUCCCUCAUGCAGGACUUCCUCUGGUUCACCAAGCUGUCCUGUAUGUGGGAGGACGUCCGGUGGCUGAGACAGAGUAUGUCAGUGUCUAUGUCGUCGUCCUCCACCCUGCAGGCCAGGCACAAGAUGCUGAGCGCCGCUGGCCAGCUGCAGAGCCUCCUGGGAACUCACAACCUGGGCCGGGUCCACUACGAGCCCAUCAAGGAUCGCCACGGCAACGUGCUGCUGGUGACCAUCCGCGACACGGAGAGCCAGCACUCGCUGUUCAGCGGGAAGUGGAUGCAGGUGACCAAACUGCAGAGCCAGAGGAAGUCUCUGUCCACACCCGAGGAGCCGUACGCCCUUGACAUCCUCAUCAUCACCAUACAGGACAUUCUGGCGUACCAGCGGCGCAGCACUCACCGGUUGGCCCCAGGACUCUACCUGGGCUACCUGAAGCUCAGCAGCUCUGUAGACCAGAUCAAAGUCCUGGUGUCCCAGCGGACCCCCAACAUGCUCUGUUACACCCGCAUACGAGACAACGCCAACGUGUCCAGGGAGGAGUGGGACUGGAUCCAGACGUUGUCGGCAGCAGGUGAGAAGGAGAGCGAUGAGGCGGGGCCCAGGCCUGAAAGCCACGCCCCUUUACUGUACUACGAGCUGCAGACGGGGAUCAAGUCUCUGCUGAAACACCUCAACCUACCUCUGCACCAGGCUCGUCACUUCCGUCUCUACAGUCAGGAGGUGGUGGAGCUCGGUCACGGCGUCUCCUUCCUGCUGCUGCUGCCGGCCGCCGACAACGUUUGCUCCGCCCCCGGACAGUCCAACCCCUACACGCCCCUGUCAGGGUUCCUCCACCUCCCUCUGCAGAUGUUUGAGCUCGUGCACUUCUGCACCUACAAAGAGAAGUUCAUCAGUCUGUACUGCCGUCUGUCCUCCGUCCUGGACCUGGACGCCCUCAUUACCCAGCAGGCACUGCGAGAAGCCAUCACUGACAGCGAGGUAGCCACGGCUAAACAGAGGCACCAGCUCAUACUGGACUACAUCCAGCAACUGGACGAGAUGCGUCGUGAUCUCCGCUGGAUCACCGACGCCCUGCAGUACGCUCGCUACAAGCAGCCUCGCGGUGGUGUGCCGAUCACCUGCCUGGUGGACGCAAGCGCUCCGGAGAGCGACUCCGGCCAGCAGAAGACCGACUCCACCUCCUCCACCAUGGACUACCUGCCCACGCCUUCCCCCUCACCUGAACUCCGCAGAAGGAAAGCCAUCAGCGACUCUCUGCUCGGUUCAGAUGAAGACGGGUUCUCGGAGGUUUUUCUGCCUACAGACAGCGACUACGACUCCAGCGACGCCCUGAGCCCCCGUGAGCUGGACCUGCUCUAUUCUCCAGCCCAGGAUCUAUCCCAGCAGGCCGUGCACUCGCUGGGCGGCAGCGCCCCAGACGUGCUGCAGAUCCACGAGCUCAGGUAUAGCGUCUGUCCACCCAAAGACCUCCCCCUCUCCCCGGUGCUGAAGGAUCCCAAAUCCAAAGACGCUCCUCUCUCCUCACCCCUCAUCCCCCACUCCCCCUCUCUAUCCAAGGACUUUCCUCUCUCUCCCUCCGGUCUGCCUCGCUCUCCCUCCCUCUCCAGGACCCUCCCCACCGCUCCAUCGGUCCCCCUGUCACCCAGAUUCUCCAAAGACCUGCCUCUAUCCCUCCCCCUGUCCCCGGCACUGUCCGACACCACCAAGACUCUGGAGGGCCUCUCCCUGUCCAACACCCACCAGGAGGGCAUCGCCCCCCUGAGGGCCCUCGCCAAUCCCCCUGCUAAACGCAAACUUCUGUCCAGGAGCCACCGGGGUCAGUACUUCAGCGGGCCCCAGCGCUGGCUUAGGGGUCACAGCGGGGAGAGUCACACCGGCUCUUUAUCCGAGGGGGUCUACACCAAGCAGCUCGACCCAGACUUACCUCUGCCGGGGGACCUGCCCUCCCUCCAGGGCACCACCUAUGUGAGCCACGCCUCCUGCGUCCUGGAGAGCCGGAAGGGCCGACACCGUGAGCAGCGGCCCCACGUCCGCAGGAUCUUUGUGGAGCCCUGCAAGGAGCUGUCGCCUGGCCACGAGAGGAGGGGCUGGGAGGAGGAGCAGGGGGAAGGGGUGGCGGAGCAGAUGAAGGCCGCAGGUGUGUCGGUGGUCGUGGCACAGGCGGAGUCUGGAGGGGAGGGGGAGGAGCCGGACGGAGCCUCCACCCAGGACGUAGACUCAGACGACCAAACAAAUGCCCAGGUGUCAGAGAUACUGAGCAGCACGCUGUAGAGUCGCACAGCAGCUGAGGAGGCAGCAGGUCGGUCUGAGCAGUUAAAGCUCCUCCGGAGACAUUUUCCAACACCAACACGACACCGAACAACACCCAUGAGCUUUCAGCCAGAUCACACAGCCCCCCCCCCCCUCAGCUGACGGCAUCGUUUCACAGCACUUUAACCACCUCUCGUCCGUGUUUGCUUAGAUAUUAAACAUGAAUCUUCAGAACGUCAGCAGAUUUGGAGAUAAACAUGAUGAGGCUGAAAGCUCUGAGAGUUGGAGUGUUUUUUCACGAUCUGAGGUGAAAAGUAAAGUCUGGAAAAACUGUUUGAAAGUUUAAGGCUAAACUUAAAUAUUCAAUAUGGCAUUCGAAAGGAUCUGCAAUCAAUGACACACUAUUGACGUGAGUCACAAAACUUCCCAAUCAUACAUUUUUCCUUUUUGCCCAGUGACAAAGGUACGGCGGCCCUGAGGGCUCAACACACGGCAGCUUAAGAAAACAUCCAAAUCCACAAAACAACAAAGUCUUCACCAAUUUGACAACACAAAACUGUUUCCAGGGGACGCUAAAAAGUGACGAACACGCGUGUUCAGCUGACUGUCCAACACGACUCGCAGUCACGUGUUUUCUCGAGCUGCAGAGCACUGAUCCCUCAGGGCCGCCGUACAGAACCGACCGGUCAAAACGUUUGUCUGAAGUGAACGACCGUCAGUUUACAGUCACAUAAUGAGAGUUUAAAAAGCUCAAACCUUCAUCUGUUGCUGCCCCUCGAGGACGGCUGAAUUCAAAAACCUGCCCAAAAUAACCUCAGACUGUGGUCAGAGGUGAAGAGUCAAACCUGGACGUCAGCUGUCGGGUCUCAUGUCAGCACUGUCCUCUCUCUCUCUGUCUCUCUACCACAGUGACGACCGGCCAGCCUCGUCAUGACGAGAAGCCCUCAGACUCCGUAGAUUGUAAGCUAAACUAAAGUUGCUGGUUCAACUCCGCCACGCCUCAGAACCCAUGGCAUCGACUGUUACGCAGAAAAUAAUCAAUGCAACACCAAACCGAGCACUGCUUCUCCGACCAGGAACUUUGCACACUUCGACUGCACGUCAACCAAAAAAAGGUGGUUUGAUUGAUUGUUGCUCGUAAGAAAUCCGAACCUUUUGUUCCCAGUUUAGUUAAGCGCUCUCGAUCUCUGAAACUGAACUGCUGUUGUUCCGUUGGUGUUUCUCUCGGCGGCCGUCUUCAGAGCAUGGAUUCUCCUCUACUUGAAGUGAAUGUACAGUUUAGUCCGUUUGUGUGUGGUCUCCUGUGACGAUUGAUUCCUGUCUUUCAGUCGAAGUUUUUCUGAGCUGCUCGGCUCUUAAUGUGGUCCAAUGAACCUGUGGUCAGUUUAAAGAAAAAGAUUCUAUACCUAUGAAUAUAUAUAUGAUUCCCUUGAGUCUCACACUCAGUCACUAACUCAGACCACUAGAAACCUUAAAACGGGAAGUAUUUUUAUAGCCUUGGAUUAAAGAUGUGCUAUUUUACCUGAGGUGUUGAUGAAUAGUCAGAGCUGUAUUUUGUUGGCAUGAAGUAGUUUGUAGCUGUCGUUUUUUUUCUGGACUGAAGCUUCGUGUCCAGUUUGUGCCUCCUCCCGGUUCAGCAUGACGAGGUCAGGGGUCAGGGGGUUCAGGUCAGGGGGGGGUCGGGAUAUCGUUUGACUAAAAACAGUCUGCACUUUGGCCCUCGGACUCACUGCAGUGUUUGUGUUGUGCUGUUGUGUUGACUUUUUGUUCAGUUUCAUGGUGUUCUCUCUUCUUUUAUUUUUCGUAUGCACCAAAACCUGCAGCUGUUUUCUUUGUGUUAACGAGAAAUGACGUAAAACUCCUGUCUGUUCAACAGGUUCUUCACGUGUAUGCACGGUAUUUUAAAAGUGCGUUUUUAAUGUUUGCACAUAGCAAUUAUGGAAUAAAAGCUAAUUGAAUAUAUUGGAUGCAGUUGGGCAUUAACUGUGGCAGCUUCUAUCAUUAAUGACUGUAAAAAAAGGUCCUUUUACUGUCCUCUGAGUGUUGAUGAUGAAGACGUAUGAAGUAUUAAUGUACAGGUUUUGUUCUGUUUGAAUGUGUAGCACAGAUACUGCAGUACUCUCUACAGAGGUUCAGCUUUACAGCCUGACGUGCACUAAUUAUAGCGACACAGGAAGUCCACUGCAGCACAUCGGUUCAGCGGUCGCCUCGUUCGGUCACCUUCUGGUUGGAAAUCAAUACAUUUAUUUUCUUUUUUGACGAGAGUUUAAAUAUUGAUAUCAGAAUUGUUUCUAGGUGUUAAAGGUCCAGUCUGGAGGAUUUAUGAGGAUCUACUGGCUGAAAUUUCAUAUAAUAUCCACUGAAGUUUUCAUUUGUGUAGAAAAUACUUGAAAAUAAGAGUCGAGCUACUAGAAUGAGUCUUUAUAUUUCCACAGGGAGCAGCUCCUCUUCCUCAUGUUGCACCGCCAUGUUUCUACAGUAGCCCAGAGCAGACAAACCAAACUGACUCUCGAGAGACUUUCAGGUUUUUAGUGGCCGAUGUCACUACAGGAAAGGGAGGCUGAGUCUGUUUCAAUUGGUUGCAAUCUGCAACUCACCACUAGAUGUCACUAAAUCCUACACACUGGUCCUUUAAGUAUAAUGCAAAAGCCAGGAGGUGAUUAGCCUAGCUUAGCAUAAAGAAUGAAAGCUGUAGGAAGCAGCUAGCUUAGCAUACUAUAUAUUUACUCUGCAUGCAAACAAAAAGGUAAACAUGCCAGUUUACUAUUUUAGGCUAGCUUUCCCCCGCUUCCAGUCUUUAUGCUAAGCUAAGCUAACCUUUGUAAACUCUGCACUUGACACAGAGACGUGACACUGAAUCCAUCUGAACAUCUCGGAAAGAAAACAAGCUAAUUUCCCAAAAUGCCAAACUGCUCCUUUAAUUCAGUAUUAAAAUUGGUUAUUUACACUCUAAACCGUAAACUUCCGUUUACUCCGACUCGAGUUUUAUCGGUUGUGACAACGUUGUUCUCACCAAAGUCAGAAACAAGCAGCACAAUGAACAAACAGGCUGGAAACAAACACAUCCUUUCAAACAGCAACAGGCAGCUCACCUGGUGGACUGAACACCUGAACACCUGAACACCGAGGCCGAGUCCUCAGGAGCGGCCGGUCUGAGUCCAACCUUUGCUGUCUCUGUCUGUCUGUCUGUCUGUCCGUCUGUCUGUGUCUCUGUGUCUGUCUGUGUCUCUGUCUGUCUGUCUGUCAUUAGCUGUUCUAGUUCUAAGAAAAAAGUCUUGGUUCCAGUGAAACUUCAUCAGUCAGUUCUGUCCAGUCAGAGAUUCUUGUUAUUGUGUCAGUGAAUGUAGUUUGGAGAUUUUAUCGGGAGAUAAAUUCAACACUUUGAAGUCGAUUUUUUAAAGCACAGUUUGCUUGGACUGGAGAGAGACUGUGUUGAGAGACGCUCGAGUCAGCUUUGAAAUAAACGUGUGACUCAGAUGAAUCAAAUCUUUUUUCAUGUAAUGAAUCCGAACACAAUGUCCACUGUCAGUGCAGGGAACGUGGACCGUGUUCUGCUGGAGAACCUUCAAACUGAACAGGAAGAACUGCUGACUGAGUCUCUUCUCCCCGCUGAACUCGCUCCUCUCUGUCGUCACCUCGGCCUGAAAAGGUUUACAUGGAUGUGAACGUGUCGGUUUGUUUCCAGCCUGUCUGAUUUCUUCUCUUUACUGUUCCUCACAUGUUUAUGCGUCCAGUUCGACGUUCUAACGGACAGAACCGAUGUCCAGAAACUCCAAAAUAAAGACGUGAUGAACUGAACUUUCCUGUGAGUUCUGACCCAAAAUCAGCUUCAUUAACAGACGUUACAAACACUUUGUGACCUCUGAUUGAUGCAGCAGAGAAGCCGUUCAUCAUCAGAACCACGUCUGCGAGCUGAGCUGCAGCCUUAAUGUUCCUCCUCAGAACGUACUUCAGUCUGUUUAUGUGAUGAGGGAUUUUCCACCUGAAACUUCGGACAGAGCGUUCACCUGCGAGGCUCAGAGCGUCACGUGACACGCGUUCUCACGUUGGAAAGACUCUGUUCACGUCUGUCUUCAUGUCCGUCAGCCUCCUGACGAUCACGUCCACCUCCAGUAUUUUGUUACUGUGUUCGAACACAAACGAGCUCAAACGAUCUUCUGUCUGUAUAUUUUUGCAUCUUCGAUCCGGUUUUAUGAACCCAGUUUGACUUCUGACUUUAUUUAUUUGCAGCAAAAAGACGAAACGUGUUUUUUUAUGUAAAAAAAAAAAAAAAUUGCUCCAGUGUUUUCAUGCGUUUGACAUUUUGCAACCUCUGAACUCACAUGAUUGGAUGUAUUUUAA